UAUCAUCUGUCUUUUACUAUUCAAACAGAGUGACUUCAUCAUAGUCGACACAAAAAAAACAUAUAUGGAAGAAGAGACGACGUCGUUUAACAUCUCAACCCGAGCAUCUGCUCGAAACUCCACCAUGUUAUGGUCAUCCUCAUAUUCUUAUCCCCUGUAUUCACCGCAAUAUUCAUGUAUCACUUAGACCCACUCGAGCCGGCUGAGUUACCUCUACAGGAGCUAACUCAGCCGGAGACGGUGGCGGCCCGAGUCAAUAGCAACCUCCUAGAUGGUGCUGAUCCUAUUGGUGUUGGAAAAUUGGUUGGACCUGAGGAUAUUGCCUAUGAUCCUAUUUCGAAGAUUAUAUACACAGCUUGUUCUGAUGGGUGGAUUAAGCGAGUCAGGGUGAAUGAUUCGGAUGUUGAGGAUUGGGUUUUUAUUGGUGGUCGACCUCUUGGGCUCGCUCUUGGGUUGAAUAAUGAGCUUAUUGUUGCGGAUCCUUUCAAGGGAGUAUUGAAUGUAAGUGUAGAAGGCAAGGUGGAGCUAUUAACAGAUGAGGUAGAGGGCAGAAAAUUGAAAUUUGCAGAUGGAGUUGAUAUUGCUAAAGAUGGGAUGAUUUAUUUUACAGAAGCUUCAUAUAAAUAUAGCCUGCCUAAUUUUAUUUUCGACGUUUUCGAAGGCAAGCCUCAUGGUAGUUUGUUGAGCUUUGAUCCCAUCACCAAAGAAACAAAAAUUCUAGUUCGAGAUCUUUACUUUGCUAAUGGAGUUCAAAUCUCUGCGGAUCAAAUAUCCGUCAUCUUUUGUGAGACUGUCAUGAGAAGAUGUAAGAAGUACAUUCGAGAAGGGGAAAAGCAAGGAACAUUGGAAAGUUUUGCCGAUAAUUUGCCUGGUAUGCCUGAUAAUAUUAGAUACGAUGAUGAAGGCCACUACUGGAUUGCAUUUUCUACGUCACCAAAGCCAUAUUGGGAUAUAGCGUUGAGGUACCCUUUUAUUAGAAAAGGGUUGGCAAUUAUAACAAGAUAUAUUGGUCGACCGCACAUGGAGAAAAAUGGAGGAUUGGGUGCAGUUGAUCUGGAAGGAAAUCUUGUGGCUCACUAUUAUGAUCCAAAAUUAUCAAUGAUCUCAGUUGGAAAUAAAAUUGGAAACUAUUUGUAUGUUGGUUCACUUCAUGCUCCUCAUAUCUUAAGUCUUAAUUUAGCUACACAUGCUGCUAAAUAGUAUGCGAUUAUGUUAUGUCUUUCAUAUUACCCAAUGAUGUCAGUUUGAAACAGAAGACAUAGUAUGGGGUAUUAUGUUGUAAGACAUAGUAUGUGUAAUAUGUUAUGUCUUAUGUUGGGUAUUAUGUUAUAAGACAGUAUAAGAUUAUAGUAUUGGGUAUUACUACGUAUACGAUUACCCAUCAACUGAUAUUACCCAAUGUGAGGUAUAAUAUCUUAUAGUAUUGGAUUAUUAUGUCUCAGUUAGGUAUUGGGUAAUCUUAUAACAUAAUAUUAUAAUAUAGUAUUGCGUAUAAGAUUAUAGUAUUGGGUAUUAUAAGAUUACCCAAUGAUGUAUAAGAUUAGAGUAUUGGGUAUUAUAAGAUUACCCAUCUUACCCAAUGAUGUUGAAACGAAAGAUGUUAUGUCUUACAUAUUACCCAAUGAUCUCAGUUUGAAA